CAAACCGAAAGCACUUUGCACUAGAGUUUGGGUAGGCUACGGAAACAAUUUGAGGUGAAUAAUACGCAUCGCAAAAUAAGACUUUUGAAUUGCGCAAGAAUACGCCAACCACCCACAGGAAAUAAGGAGUGAUCAUGUGGGCUAUAUCCCGUUAACUGUGACCAUGUCCUCUUUUGGCAGAUAACGACUGUAUGAAGAAGGCAAAAGGACCAGAGGAGGCUACAGGUGGAACGUAGAUUUCGCUUGGUCUUGGUUCGGAUACAUAGUUCCUGAUGGAAAAUCAACCGCUUCUAAGUGGGCAAUCCAACUAUGGCUUUGGCAACCCAGGUUAUAAUGCAGUCCCAGCAACCGGAGCGCCAGCCAUGUUCGCCCCGCCCGCGCCCGACCCCAACGCUCCAUCCGCACCUCCUGCCAACUUAUUUGACAACGUCCCGGGCUAUGAAGGAACGAUGAUAGGAGGAGGUGGGUAUUUGCCUCCACCUGUGCCAUCCAUGCCGAUGCCCACUCCUGAACCAGGACAUGCACACCCAGAGUGGAACAUUCCGUCCAUCACGGAGGAGACGGCGAAAGAAGCCUUUGCUAUGUUUGCCUCCAGCAAGUGCUGCUACAGCUCAGGCCCUGCCAAAGACGGUGUCAUCACCAGAAUGGAUGCCUUCAACACCUACAGGUAUCGGCUAGAGACCUUCUGUGAAUCUAGAUCUACAGAAUGGAGCCAGGAACCAUACAAUGGACAACCCGUUGACGCCUUCACACAAGCCGUACCAGGCCCUUGGGACAUCCCUGCCCAGCCUCCAGGCUUUUUUAAAGACCACACACAGGUCAUCAAAGUGCCCUACACCUCCUCUGUAAAGAACUGCUACACAUGUCUUGGUAUGGGAAGAGCCCCUUGUAAGGACUGUACCGGAGCUGGCAAUAAAGUCUGCUGGGUGUGCAAUGGCUCAGGAUAUCGCCACGGAGACGAUCGUUGCUCACACUGCAACGGAAGAGGAAGAGAGAAUUGUGUACACUGCAGUGGUCAAGGAUCUCUGCAGUGCCAGACGUGCCACGGCAGGAGACAGAUCCUGGUCUUCAUCAACCUGACCAUCAAAUGGAAGAACAAUCAAGAUGUGUACGUGGUGGAGCAAGCCAGUGGCCUUAAAGUAGAGAACCUCAACAAUGUCUCAGGGAAGGAGAUGUUCAAAGACUCACAAUACUUGGUGUUUCCUGUUAAUGGGUUUCCUGACCGUGCUGUGGUUGGUGCCUCUGAGAGAUUGGUGAGGGAACACCAGGCCAACUACUCCCAAACCUCACGCAUUCUGCAGCAGCGCCAGACCAUUGAGCUGAUCCCCAUCACUAAAGUUAGCUACUCAUGGAAGGGAAAGUCUUGUGUUUAUUAUGUGUUUGGUAAUGAGUUCAAGGUAAGCGCUGAUGACUACCCUGCAAAAUGUUGCUGCACGAUACUGUAACUGCUUGCUUUGAUAUGAAAGCUGCUGCUAUACCCUUCUCGUCCACUUGGGGUCGCUAUAUGCACAUACUGUAAUAUUUGCAAGAGGCACACAGAAGUCACAGUCAUUCUUGCUCAUGAAAGAAGGGGUAGGCACAAUCACUGGAGAAAAAGCUAUGAUGUACUGAUAAAAUUGAAGCUAUGAUGUACUGAUAAAAUUGAUGGAUUAAUUUGCUUUUUUUAACAAAACACAGUUCACAGUCAUGAGUUACCAAUUUUAUAAUGAUGCUUUGGGUAUAGUAAAUGUACUUAUGUUAUCAUAAGAGUACUUGCAUAUGAUUGUGCUCUGUAAAUUCAAAAUGUUUCUUUUAACAGAAUGUUACUGGAAUAACAUGUAAUAUAAAGAGCAGUACUGUCACUCACUGUGACGUUUGUGUUCAUGCUGGGUGAGUUGAGAAGAUGAACAGUUAGCCAUGCAGACGGUUUGCUUUAUUGUUUAUGGUGUUACUGUUUUGAAGUUUUUUGCUUGAGGCAUUUUCAAAUAUUGUGUUUAUACCAAAACGCCUUAUGAUUUAUAAAGUGAAGCCACAGUCGUGUGUAUUUGUCACAUAAUUAAAUUAUAAAUGUGUAAUAACAAAA